CAGUCUCACUUCGGCUUUAGCACAGUGUCUUCGGUUCUUAUUGUUGCCUUUGUUUGCCACCGUGUCAGCUUAUACGGGAAAAGAGGGAUUAUAAAAAAACAAACGUGCUGGCUUCUAAUUUUAAGACGUAGCUACUGUCCUUGUGAUGGAUUACUGAUGAUUUCUGAUUUAACCAUGGAACAAAGAAGAUGCAAGCCUCGAAGGGCGAGAGGAUAUGUGGUCGGCUGUGUGGUCGUUGUGCUGCUGUGGAGUGUGGCCUCGGCGCAGUUAAGAUACUCAAUUUCUGAGGAAGUUAACGAAGGAACUGUGGUUGGAAAUAUAGCAAAAGAUCUGGGAUUGGAUAAAGGCACACUGAAAGACAGGAAGUAUCGCGUUGUUUCUAGUAAUGCGGAUCCUCUUUUCCACGUAAAUCAGAAUGAUGGCAUCCUGCGUGUGAGCAGAAAGAUUGACAGAGAAGAGGUGUGCGCACAGAGCAGUACGUGUUUAAUAAAUCUGAAAACAGUGCUGGAAAACCCACUAGAAGUUCACUACGUGGAAGUGGAGGUACUGGACAUAAAUGACCAUUCUCCAAUUUUCCCAGAGGAAGAGAAACGGUUAGAAAUUUCAGAGUCCGUGUUGCCUGGAGCACGAUUUCAGCUAAAACCUUCACGGGAUGCAGACAGUGGUCAGUUCUCAGUGCAGCAAUAUAAACUUAGCCACAACGAUCACUUCCGUUUGGAAGUUAAAGAUAAAGGAGACGAUGGUAAAAUACCUAUAUUAGUUGUACAAAAAUCUUUAGACAGGGAGACUGAGGGCAGCCACUCAUUAGUACUAACGGCACUGGAUGGAGGGAAACCCUCGAGGUCUGGCCAAAUGAAUAUUAGAGUGAAUGUCUUGGAUAUUAACGAUAACGCGCCUGUUUUCUCCAAAGAUGUUUAUUCAGUGAUGCUUAAUGAAAACGCUCCAAUAGGUACCACGGUCAUACAAGUGAAUGCGACUGAUCUGGAUGAUGGUCAGAACGGAGACAUUGUUUACUCAUUUAGCAACAGCAUGAAUCAAAAUAUUUUAAAACUUUUUGACAUAGAUCCAUCAACAGGUGAGAUAGUUGUUAAUGGUUUAUUAGACUAUGAGGAGAAGGACAAAUAUGAAAUUGAAAUUGAGGCAUCAGAUAAAGGCAUAGCUCCUCUUACAACAGAAAAAAGUGUUACUAUCAAGAUAGUUGACGUGAAUGACAAUGCACCUGAGAUUGAAGUUACCUCAUUUUCCAGCUCGAUCCCUGAAGACUCCAGACCUGGAACCACAGUUGCUCUGAUCAGUGUAAAUGAUUUGGACUCUGGACUUAAUGGAAAAGUUAUUUGCUCCAUAGAAGAGGAUGUUCCUUUUGUUUUAUCACCUUCCAUACAAGACAAAAUGUUUUCAUUAGUAACCAAAUCUCCUCUGGACAGAGAGAAACAGUCACAUUAUGACUUGACAAUAACUGCAAAAGACGCUGGUCAACCUCCAUUAUCAAGUGAAAAGACAAUAAGCGUUGUGGUGUCAGAUGUGAAUGACAACACUCCAGAGUUUUUACUGAGUCCCUAUACUUUCUAUGUCACUGAGAAUAAUGAGCCAGGAGCCUCUGUGUUUUUGGUUAAAGCUUCUGAUCGAGAUGAGAAUGAAAAUGCGCGCAUUUCCUAUCAUAUUGUCAGGGAUGUAAGGGAAGGUAAUAAAAUGGCUUCAUUUCUAAACAUUAACUCUGAGAAUGGAGACAUUGUGGCGCUAAAGAGUUUUGACUUUGAAACAGUGAAAACGUUCCAGUUCCACGUUGUGGCCACAGAUUCUGGAACUCCGUCACUGAGCAGCAACGUCACAGUCAACGUGUUCAUCCUGGAUCAGAACGACAACCCUCCAGUCAUCCUGUAUCCACUCAGCUCCAACGGCUCUGCUCAAGGUGUGGAGGAGAUCCCCCGCAAUGUGAACGCAGGACACUUGGUGACUAAAGUCAGAGCCUAUGACCCUGAUAUAGGAUAUAACGGCUGGUUGCUCUUCUCACUGCAGGAACAUACUGACCACAGUCUCUUUGGUUUGGACCGCUACACAGGACAGAUCAGGACACUUCGCUCAUUCACUGAGACAGACGAGGCUGAGCACAAACUGGUCAUACUGGUAAAAGACAAUGGCAACGUGUCCCUCUCAGCAACAGCUACUGUGGUUGUCAAGCUUGUGGAGCCCAAAGAGGCUUUUGCAGCUUCUGAUGUUAAAAGUGCAGCAAAAAAAGAUGAUGAGGACACUAAUGUGACUUUUUACCUGAUGAUAACUUUGGGCUCAGUGUCUGUACUUUUCCUCAUCAGUAUCAUCGUGCUGAUCGCGAUGCAGUGCUCCAAAUCCACAGACUAUACUUCUAAAUAUCUACAAGAGGCUAAUUAUGACGGGACACUGUGUCACAGCAUCCAGUACAGAUCUGGAGACAAACGGUACAUGUUAGUGGGACCCAGGAUGAGUACAGGAUCUACUAUAGUCCCAGGCAGCCACGCGAACACUCUAGUGCUCCCUGACAGGAGGAGGAUAUCUGAGGAGAGAGACAGCCUCUCCUAUCAACAGUACCUCCACUCUGUCACAAACUGGAGCUGUGAAAAGAGCUGAAUACAUCAGAGCAUCAUUCUCCUUCUCUCAGCCACAUGACUGAGGCAGAAGUAGGGAGAAGCAGAGUGCUAUCACACCAUAGUCUGGCUUUUGUGUAUGUAUAUAUGAACCCAGAGGAACUGCUUCAGCUGCUGCUGAACUGACUUUACUUGCAUAGUGAGUCACUACUAGGUCUGUGCUAUGCUACACAUAUCAGACAUACAAGGCAUGGUUAUAUAUUCAGUAAUGUUUUCAAAAUGUAUAUCUUUAUUAAUAGUCAUCUCAUCUUGUCUGAUUGAAAGAUGAGCUCUGUGGUUCCUAGAGUAGAGCCUUGGGCCUAAUGUUAUUCCUCUAGUCUGUCAUGCAUGUGCCUGCAAAAAUAAAGAAUAUUGCUAUUCCUACUGAAACAGUUGCAUUGUGCCACAUUGCAUAGUCCCAUAGAUAAAUAGUUAGUGUUUUAUUUAUAUUUUAAAGUCAAGACAGAACCUUAUAGUUGUCUUUGUAUCUUUUUUGUUAUAUUUUCCAAAAAUUAUUUAUAUUAAGCAUCUAAUCUUUCAGACACUGCCUUUGUUUUAAACUUGCGUUUUAGUCAUACACUCACAUUCAGGACCUGAUGUACAGCACUGUAUACCACUCACUCAUGAUUUGGGCCAUGGGAAAUGUGAACUCUGUAAAAGUAAAUAUGGAACCAGUCGAUGUCCAAAUGGUUUUUUUCACAAUAUUAAAGGUCUUGGCUUGAUGUGGUAUGAUAGGGUGUGGCAGGAGUGAGGGGAGCUGAAAGGUGAAGAUGUAUAUGUUUUUCCAUUUUCGUAGCUAGUUACAUGACAUGUAUUAUAAAUAAGGUGAUUGUUUUUGUCAAAAAAAAAUUAAUAAGUAAAAAUCUAAGGUUGGGAAAGUUCUUGUAAAUGAUGCCACGGAUGAGACUGUUUUUCUCUGCCUGAACUAUAAAAGAUGAAGUGUGGUCAUUUGUACUUUGAGCUUUCUAGAGCAAUGUGUUUGUGAAGGAAUUCUCCCAGGCCUGAGAAUAAAUAUAUUCAGUUCUUCUUAUAACCAGACAAUGACACUCUGUCUCUCCAUUGUAUUUUCCUCAGGUGUUCAGCUCUCUUCCUCUAACACUCUUAACUGCAUGAAUGAAUGCAUUUCUUUGACUUAUGGGAUCUGAAUUUGCAACAACAUAAAACUGUGAUGUAAUUUUCAUUGCAAUCGUUUUCUUUGUACGUGACACUCAUAUACAGCCCAGGUCUCAGUGCAUCCCUGUUGAUGUGUCACAUGAUAUUCUGCUGUGUUUAGGUAUCAGUGAGUUAAACAGCAAAUCAGGUAUCACAUGAUGCACUGAACUGAAUAGUUCAUGCACAUCAAAUCCAAUUCAACUUCUGUAGAUACUGGGCUAGUUCAUUUAUACAUCACAUUACAGAAAAUAAGGGAUGAAUUUGCUUAAUGUGAAGAGCAAAGUGAAGCAAAAACAGCAAAAGAAUUUAACAAAAACAGGAUUAUCAAAAUGAUGAGGGUUUUUAUCUGCUUGUUUACAGACUACUAAUUGGGGUCUUUGCGAUAAGACUGGAGUAUAAUUGUUUCCAAAGCCCUUGUUUACUCCCUAACAUUCAUCUUAAUCCUGAUUGACUUUGCUUCGUCCUCUAACUGAGGAGUAUUAUGCUGUGCCGAUGAUGCUUCUUAUGAAACCAGUAUAUAAUGGAUGAAAUAUCAGUAAAAACAGAGGACAGUAUAUAUGUAUACAGUACAUUCCUGUAGAGUGUAAUGUAACUCUGCAGUAAAUAUUACUUUUCUGAAACCAUGUAUUGUAUGAAAAGUAAUUAUUAGUUGCGCCAGAUGCUUUAAAAAUCACACAACAUUAUCCCUGUUCCUUCAGGUGUUUAAAAUAGCAAAUCCCUGUCAGCGCAUUCUUUCCACUCUGUCACUGCUGUUAGUAUUCCCACUUGUUCUGGAUUAAGCUUCUGUAAAGUGUAUGAAGUGCUAAUUUUACUAUGUUGCUCCACUAAUACAAUUAGGUGGAGUCAUUACAAUGAUGCCAUGAAGAGCAGCUUUGAAAGGCAGCAGCACACAGAGUGAGUUAGGAUGUCACUCGCCCUUAAAUUCUACAAUCUACACUAAUGGCCAGGCUGAUUUUCAUUUCUUACUUGGUGUGCUAUUGUGAUUAUUGUUAUGAAUUUACAUCGACCUUGUCUGUGAUAACUGAACAUUUACUGUCACUGUGUCAUUAGUGCUGUUAAAGUCAUGUGCUUAA